AUGUUGCGAACAGUUCUCCUUAGAUCAGCACGUAGUGCUACUUGCCAGGCAGUCCGAAGAUCAAGCCCAAUCGCGCGCCCGGCUCUCGCAAGCUCUUUCGUCAAGCAGUCACAAUUCGCCCCAUCCGCCUUCCAAGCUGCGAGAUGUUACUCUGCUGCCGCUGGCCUCGAGAAACCAGAAGUUGAGGGGAGAAUAAUUGACCUCCUGAAGAACUUUGAUAAAGUUUCUGACCCUACAAAGCUUUCAGCUUCUUCCCACUUUGCCAACGAUCUGGGUCUGGACAGUUUGGAUACCGUCGAGGUUGUGAUGGCUAUUGAAGAGGAAUUCAGCAUUGAGAUUCCGGAUAAGGAGGCGGAUGCCAUUCACAGUGUUGACAAGGCCGUUGAAUACAUCCUUGCACAACCAGAUGGUAAGUCCGUACACUCAUUUUUAUAUGCAUGA